AUGCCCUCUCUCUUUUUUUCUCACUCUCUUUUUUAUCUAUCUAUUUAUCUAUGUAUCUCUUCUUAUCAUAAUUAUCAUCACCCUCUCUCUCUCUCUCUCUCUCUCUCUCUCUCUCUCUGUGUGUGUCUAUUUAACUAUCUAUUUUCUCUCUUUAUCAGACCUAUCCCAAUUUCUCUCUCUCUCUCUCUCUCUCUCUCUCUAUCUAUUUUCUCUCCUUAUCAGCAACUAUCAAACAAACUUUCUCUAUCUCUUUUCCCUCAUCAUAACUAUCACUUUCUUUCCCUUUCUUUUUCAUUAUCUAUCUAUCUAUCUAUCUAUUUUCUCUCCUUAUCAGCAACUAUCACACAAACUCCUUCUAUUUCUUUUCUCUCCUUUUCAAUUAUAAUUACGCUUUUUAAUUCUCUCUCUCUCUAUUUAUCUAUCUGUUGCUCUCUCUCUCAUCAGGAACUAUCACAAUUCAACCCCCCCUCUCUCUCUCUGUCUAUCUAUCUUUCUUUCAUCAGUAACUUUCAUUCUCCAUCUGUUUUCUAA